ACACUAGACAGACCGUUUUAUUUUGCUAUUGCUUACAAAACACAAGACUGAAAUUGGGUGAUUUUGAUUAGACGAUUGUUGAUGAAUAUUGGUUAAAAUGUUCUCUACUAGCUCUCAACGAAAGUUUUGGACCUUCAGUGACGAAAGCGAGAUAGCUCGUCACCGGGAGAAACACAACUUGGAAUACAUAUCUAAACACGGUCAACAUAUUGAUGAAUAUCAAAGAUACAACUUCUUUCUUUCGCCAGAAGAAGAGAGGCUGCUUUUAAAACAGUACGAGCUUCACUUGAAAGAAUUCUGCAAAAGAUUUAUGCCUCCAAUGCCGAAAGGAGUAGUUGGCACGGCAUUUCAUUAUUUUAAAAGGUUUUAUUUAUACAAUUCAUCAAUGGAUUAUCACCCUAAGGAGAUUCUAGCUACCUGCGUGUAUUUAGCUUGUAAAGUUGAAGAGUUUAAUGUUUCAAUCGGUCAAUUUGUUGCCAACAUCAAGGGUGACAGGGAAAAGGCAUCAGACAUCAUAUUAAAUAAUGAAUUGCUUUUAAUGCAACAAUUAAACUAUCACUUAACGAUUCAUAAUCCAUUCCGCCCUGUUGAAGGGUUUUUAAUAGAUAUCAAGACGAGAUGCACACUCGCAAACCCUGAGCGCUUAAGGAGUGGCAUUGAUGAGUUUCUUGAAAAAGUAUUUUUGACUGAGGCAUGUUUACUUUAUGCACCUUCUCAGAUUGCUUUAGCUGCGGUUCUUCAUGCAGCUAGCAAGGAACAAGAGAACUUGGACAGUUAUGUCACGGAUAUGUUAUUCCGUGAUGCAGGACAGGAUAAAUUAGCCAUACUCAUCGAAGCAGUACGCAAGAUACGAUCAAUGGUUAAAAUGGUAGAAAGUCCAGCACGCGAGCGUGUAAAAAUAAUUGAAAAGAAGUUAGACAGAUGCCGUAAUCAAGAGAAUAAUCCAGAUAGUGAGAUCUAUAAGAGGCGUAUGAGAGAAGCACUUGAUGAAGAUGACUUACCGCAUACUGGAUCAAGUAGAAUGUCACUCGAUACGAGCGGCAUUUCACAAGUUCUGUCUCCAUCUGCUUCAUAGAUAAUAAUUAAUAUAACAAAUUUUGACAUAAAUAUUUAAAAUAAAAAUAU